GUUAUUAUUCUACAUUCUCCGAUGGCUAUGCUGUCUUUUCAGCUUUCCGGCUACUUUCUGGCGGUCGUCGCUUUGGCCAGGAUUGAUUAUGUCUUGGCCGAGGACGUUAAAAUAGAUGUGGAUAAGCUAAGAAAACUUGUGACAACUUCUCCACUGCAUACACGUGUCGUAGGGGGCUCGGUGACCACCAAUGGGAAACUCGGAGGCUACUUAGUACAACUACAUUACAUGGACGAUUUCAUCUGCGGCGGCUCUUUGAUUCACGAUCUUAUAGUCCUGACGGCGGCCCACUGUUUCAUAGGCAGGCCGCAUAUACAGGAAUGGAUGGCUGUCGGCGGCGCAUCCACACUUCACGAGACUGGAGAGCGCCGUCGGAUAAAGGAGAUGAUCAAACCGCUUUCGUUUAACGCCACUUCAAUGAACAUGGAUGUUGCCUUGCUAAUGCUGAAGAAACCGAUGAAGGGAACAAAUAUUGGCAAGCUCAGCCUGUGCAAACAGCCCCUGAAAAAUGGCAAUCUGCUGACCGUUUCCGGAUGGGGUAUGACCGAUUCAGAGCAGACCGGCCCACAGGAACUGCUCCGUACGGUUCAAGUGCCAGUUAUCGACAAGAGGGUAUGUCGCUCUGUUUAUCGAUCAGCGGUUGAAUUAUCGGAUACCAUGUUCUGUGCUGGAGUGCUGGGCAAACAGGAUGCGUGUGUCUUCGAUUCUGGUGGUCCGAUAGUGCGCAAUAAGGAGGUCUGCGGUAUCGUGUCCUUUGGCAUCGGUUGCGCCGGCAAUCGUUACCCUGGCGUCUAUACGGACAUCACCUACUUGAAGCCUUUCAUAGAGAAAAGCAUGAAGGCGCUUUUAAAGGAAUAAAGAAAUGUACUAAUGAUUACCAAUUGAU